UUUGGGGUGCCCAGUGUGUGGGGAACACCCCCAGAACACCAUGUGUGCCCCCGCCAUGCUCACAUCCCAUCCCAGCAGUGACAUUCUGGGGAAGAAGUGCGGCACCAUCAUACUCCUCGCUGAAGAGUUGGGAAACUGCCGGGAUGUGGCCACACUCCAGUUCUGCGCCAACAAGCUGGAUAAGAAGGAUUUCUUUGGAAAAUCUGACCCCUUCAUGGUCUUCUACCGCAGCAACGAAGACGGGACUUUUACCAUCUGCCACAAGACGGAAGUGGUGCGGAAUACACUGAACCCUGUCUGGGCAGCCUUUGCCAUUCCUGUGCGUGCCCUCUGCAACGGGGACCAUGACCGAGCCAUCAAGGUGGAGGUAUAUGACUGGGACCGUGAUGGCAGCCACGACUUCAUUGGGGAGUUCACCACCAGCUACCGGGAGUUGGCGCGAGGCCAGAGCCACUUCAAUGUGUAUGAGGUGGUGAACCCCCGGAAGAAGAUGAAGAAAAAGAAGUACCUGAACUCGGGGACAGUAACACUGCUUUCCUUCACUGUGGAGGCUGAGCACACCUUCCUGGACUACAUCAGGGGCGGGACCCAACUGAACUUCACAGUGGCCAUCGAUUUCACGGCAUCCAAUGGGAACCCCUCGCAGCCCACGUCCCUGCACUACCUGAGCCCCUUCCAGCUGAAUGCCUACAGCCUGGCACUGCGGGCUGUGGGGGACAUCAUCCAGGACUACGACAGUGACAAGAUGUUCCCAGCCCUUGGCUUUGGUGCCAAGGUCCCUCCGGAUGGGCACGUGUCCCAUGAGUUCCCACUGGGUCUGUCACACUGUCAGAAUGGGGAUGCAUCAAACCCAGCGUGCUGUGGCAUUGCGGGGGUGCUGGAGGCUUAUCAGCGCAGCCUGCGCCGUGUCCAGCUCUAUGGCCCCACCAACUUCGCCCCUGUUGUCAACCAUGUUGCCCGCUCGGCGGCCAUGGUGCUGGAUGGGUCCCAGUACUUCGUCCUCCUCAUCAUCACCGAUGGUGUCAUCUCUGAUAUGGCCCAAACCAAGGAGGCCAUUGUCAAUGUGAGACCCUCGUGGUGGCACUGGGGCAAGUGGUGGCGACCCUGGGUGCUGGGAGUGGGGAACCUGGGACCCUUGGGUGAUGGGGGCAGUGGGGAGGGAUUGAGACCCUUGAGGGGGUAG